GCACAAAAACUCUGUACGUAGUCGACGUUUGCUUCUUGACCAAGAAACACUAGACGACAAAAUGCAGAGUACAGCAGUUCUCCUGCUAAUCCUGGGCGUAGGGUACUCAUUGGCAGACCCAUGCGAUGUUAGCCCUGACGACCGCAACGAUUGUGGAUGGUUCGGGAUUGACGAGGAUACAUGCGAAGACAGAGAAUGUUGCUAUGAUGACACCGACCACGGUCAUGAUACUAAGUACUGCUUUUAUCCAACUGAUAGCCCGUGUUACGGAAUUGACCCAGAAAAACGAAUUGACUGUGGCUAUUAUGGCAUACAACGUGAUGAAUGCGAGAAAGUCCGAAAAUGUUGUUUUGAUCAUACAGUGCCAGAUGUACCAUAUUGUUUCUUUGGCAAUCAAGCUGACACAUGCAGUAUUAGACUUGAAGAUCGCACCGACUGUGGAUGGGUGGGCAUAAGCGAGGACACAUGCGAAGACAGAAGCUGUUGCUAUGACGACACUGACUAUGGCAGGGAUACUCCCUAUUGUUAUUAUCCAACUGAUAGCAAAUGCUACGGGAUUCCGCCAGAAGAACGAAGCGACUGUGGCGAACUUGGGACAGACCGGGAUGAGUGCGAAAACGAAAAGGGUUGCUGUUAUGUGCCCGAUUCAACACCCGGUGUUCCUUGGUGUUUUCAUGGGAAAAAAGAAGAUAAAUAAAAGGCUUAGCCCAGCUGAUAAGCCUGGCUUACUGCAGAUGCGGUGAAACAUGGGGAAAGAAUAAACGGUUGUAGGAGUAGAUUGGUUACUGAAUAAAGAUAAACUGAAUCAAACAGAA